UCCCUUUGCCAAACGUCACUCGAUCCCGAUCUCUCCCAAAGCGUCAGCGAUAGUCAGCAGCACACUGUGGUGGCAGAUCAGCGGGGCGGUGCGCACAGCGGGAUACAGCUUCACUGAAUUUCAUCCACAAAAAAGAGGAACGGGGGACGCAUUUCACCAUUUUCUAGAGUUAAAACAACUUCACCUGCGUGCCGUGUUGGUCUCCGGCCGCUCGUGGCUGCAGACAGGGAGAACCGGGAACUUAUACGGAACUAAAAACCGGGACGGUGCCAGCAACAUAUCUGUUAGGUGCUGUGUCAAUAUUUCGGCGACAUUUCCCCCGCGGAACUCUCCAAGUGUUGGAAACUUCCCAACGCAUCAUCGAUCGAGGACCUCCCGCCCACUUUACCUCUGCUCCACAAUCCUGGAAGAAGGAGGGAGAGAGUUUUUCGGCCGCUGCGGUGGAUGGAGCAACAAAAGGCUGAAUGGUUCAACUAGAAGCUCUGAGAACGCUCCUUCUCUCCUCGCCUCAGAUCAGCUGAAACGGCACAUCUGCAGUCGCUUGGAUCUCAUUUUUUUGGGGGGGGGAUCCGGUCAAACUCUCCGCCGUCCAAAGAAUCGCCCGCGGACGUGAAAUUGAUGCUUUGGCACGGAGAAGCGCAACCUCUAGUUUUGCCAAAGUCUCCCACCGCUCAGUGAGGGAGGAAGACUAGUUCUGGCCGAAGUGGGAUUUGCAGAAGUUGCAUGCUUGGUCUUUGUCGUCGUGAGUGAGCCUCCUGAUCAUCCACUCUCAGGUUAUCAGACGAGAUCCGGAUAGUUGAGGUGCCAUGGCGAUGUGCGUGGGGAUAUGGAUACUCCUGCUAGCGCUGCACGUCCGAGCUGGCAAUGGGCAGAUGGUGCAGAUGGACUCCAGUAAGUCUGGCUAUGUGGGUUCACAGGUGGAACUGCGCUGCAUUUUCAUCAACAGUAACCCACCAGUCAAGAUCUCUCAGGUCACCUGGCAGAAGCUCCUCAACGGCACCAAACAGAAUGUGGCCAUAGCCAACCCGGCCCUUGGUGUGUCCGUCCUGCCGCCAUUUAAAGAGCGCGUCAGCUUCAAGCAGGCAGCAGUUCGUCAUCGUACGCCCUCGCUGGAGGACACCACCAUCGUGUUCUCCAAUCUGCAGCUGUCUGAUGAAGCUGCCUACAUCUGCGAGUAUACAACAUUUCCAGCAGGAAACCGGGAGAACAUGGUCAACCUCACUGUAUUUGCUCGGCCUAUGACACGUAUGACCUUGACAACACCCACGAUCGUGGCCAGGGCUCAGAAACGCAAGAUGACUGUUGCUACUUGUGUGUCAGCCAAUGGGAAGCCCCCAAGUGUAAUCAAAUGGGACACCAGGUUGAAGGGCGAAGCCACUUUCCAGGAGACUCGCAACCAAAACGGAACAGUGACGGUACGGAGCAACUACGUGGUGGUGCCGAGCCGCGAGACCCACAAACAGAAGCUCACAUGUAUCGUGACAUACCGGAAUGAAAACAUCAAGGACAGCGUGGUGCUCAAUGUUCAAUACGAACCUGAGGUGAAGAUCGAGGGCUUUGAUGGGAACUGGUACCUGAAACGUCCAAAUGUUCAGCUGACCUGCAGGGCCGAUGCUAACCCCCCUGUCACGAUCUACCAGUGGAAACUCUUGAACGGCUCCCUGCCCAGUAAUGUGGAGAUCAAAAACAACACCCUGUUCUUUAAGGGACCAGUGACCUACGAUUUGGCCGGCACGUACGUCUGUGACGCGACCAAUGGCAUCGGGACUCGCACUGGCAUCGUGGACGUCAACAUCACAGAAUUCCCUAACAACCCGACACCCAGCCAUGAGAUCCCGCAGGAGCAGCACAAUGCAGGUGCCGCCAUCGGGGGCGCUGUGGGGGGAGUUGUCCUGUUGGGCGUGGCGGCCGUACUGCUCUUCGUAUUCCUGCGCCGCCGCCAGCGCACCUUCAAAGGAGAGCACAGCACCAAGAAACACGUGUUCGGUAACGGGUACAGUAAGGCUGGCGGCCUGCCCACGCACCCUCCCAUCCCCAAGAACCUUCAGUACCCGGACGAUUCGGACGACGAGAAGAAACCCUCCCAGAUCAGCGGCCCCGGAGGGUUUGAGGCAAGCGAGCGCGAUUUUGAUGCAGAGCAAGAGGACCUGAAGAGGCCCUAUUUCACUGUGGAUGAAGGAGAAAGCCGAGAUUAUGACGAGCGGACUCUGGCUUUCCAGUAUGACCCCGAACCUGAGAUAGCCGAUGAUAUGAUCUCUCAAACCGACGGCUCUGUCAUUUCUAAGAAAGAGUGGUAUGUGUAGUGGCAUGCGUAAACCAAACCAAACCCUUCGUCCUCCACCUGCUUUCCACUGCACCCUUCACCUCCAUCACGACCCCACCCUCCCAUUCGUCACACUGCACCCUUCACUCCUCUUUUGGUCAACCUAGUACCCCUCCCCCCGA